CGCUUCUCUCUUCACCAGUCCAACCAUCGCUCCCGCCAUCCGCCGCCGCCGCCGCCUCACCUCUGGCAGGCGAGCAUCCCACUCUGGCGCCGGCGCUACCUCUCUCGCUCUCCGGCCGUGCCUGACGCGCUCACACGACCGCUGCUGCACGCGCGCGCCUUGGGUGGUCAGCAUCAGCGCCGGCUCACUCUAGCGGGCCACGGCGCACCCCUUCCCUCUUCCGCUCCUCUUCACGCCCUUCAUGUCCGAGCCUGCUCCCCGUGACAAGCCUCGCUCUGUGCUGCGCCGGCCCAGCGCGUCUCUCUCUCCCGAGGACAUCAGCAGCAGCACCUUCGCAGGCCCUGCGAAGAAGCGCGUAUCGUUCGGCGACCCCGCUGCGCUGCCCGGCAUCGGCGAGGCGAGCGGAAGCUCGACGUACGCAGCUCCGCGCGCACCCACGCCGCCGCCGAGUGAGGCACCACGCAAGCUGCCAAAGCCGGCGCCGCAGCCGCCCAACGACGCACAGGCGCUGUUCGGCCGCCCGGCUGCGGCUCCGCAGGCCCGUCGCAACAGCGCGGUGUCCCACUCGGCUGGAGCACCCUCAUCUGCGGCUCCUAAGCAAGGGUCGGCAUCUGCAACGGCCUCUGCAUCUCUGAAGCGUCCCGCUGACAACGUGUCGAGCGCCAAUCGCGCGGCUGAUGCGCCGUCGCUGAAGCGUGCCAAGCCUACCUCGCCUGAGACAAAGGCUACGCCACUGCCGCAGCAGUCAUCGUCAGCUGUGGCACCGACGAUGUCAAGCUCGGACUCUGGAAUGGCUGCGGUGCUCAAGGGCAGAAGCAGCGCGGCGGAUGCGCAAGGCAGCAAGCCGCCGGUUGGGCUCGGCAUCGAUGGCGGCGCAGCGGCUCUCAGCACAGCCAAAUCUGCGCCUACUCUCGGCAGCGUCCCUGGUCCUAGCGCCAAGCAGGAACCAGCAGGCCCGAGCAAGGGUGGCGACAAUGAGCUUCCACACCUCGAUGCCGGACCUUAUGGCCAUUCCGGCAUGCUCAUGCUCAACAGUGCCCAGCACCCUCGCACCAGCCAGAUUCCGCCCAACUGGCGGCUUGGCUCUCUCGAGGCACUGCAAAAGGCCUUUGCUGCCAUCUACUCAUGCCCAGGCGCCUCGCCUGCGGCACGGGCGGCCCUCAAGCUGCUGGCCGACAUCGAUGCGCGCGCACAAGAAGCAGAGGUCUUCAUCCUGGCCACGCGACACUCGUACAAGACGAGCGUGCGUCUGCCGCUCGUCUCGCUCGGCAAGCGCGCAAAGGACUCCGCCACGCAGGCUGCCAUAGCUGCGGCAGUGCAGCGCGUGGAGCAUGGAGCUACAGCGCAGCAGCUGCAGAGCGCUGUCGCGUCCACUGUGCAGUCCCUGGCGCGGCAGCUGCGCGAGGCACCACAGUUCGGCACGGCCAAGGAGCUGGAGACGAAGACUAAGCGCAUCGAAGAGCGCGAGCGCGGCACCCUCACGGCUGCACGCCUCGAAGCAGUGAGCUUCCUGGCGCCAGCAGAGAAGCUCGGCACGUACGGCUACUCUCUGCCACAGGUGCUGGGGGCGAACCUGCAGGCUGCCGUGCUGAGAGAGUGGGGCAAGGGCGGAGACACGGACCCGCUAGGAUCGACACACCUCUGCAACCGCUGCGCGCAGAGCUUUGAUGUCUCCGACGUGCACGAGGAUCUGCUGCGCGCGGAGGAGGCCAUUGUCCUCUGUCGGACGGAGGGCGUCGAGGGUCAGGUCCUGGCAGAUGCUGAGCUUGAGCUCAAGGAGAUGAAGCGCAGGGCUACAGCAUGCAGCUUCCACUGGGGCCGCAAGUCGUUCGAGCGCGACACUAUCAACGGGCGCAGUGCUCGUCUGCAGCGCUACACGUGCUGCGGCGCCAUCGAGUCGGGCGGCACGUCUCUCGCGUCCACAGCUGCAGCCGCCGGCUUCUCCGGCUCCUCGGCGCGCGCUGAGCAGGGGUGCGACAGUGGACCGCACGUGUGGAAGAGUGACGAUGCCAGAGUCCUCCACGGCCUGGUGCCCUUCCGCUCGCCGCAGAGCCUGCGUGACGAGAAGCAGCAGAGCGAGUGGAAGGAGACGCAAGAGAUCGUGGCACUCGAUGCAGAGCUUGUCUACACGACGGCUGGCAUGUCCAUCGCUCGCAUCACGCUGGUCGACGAAGCGGGUGCCGAGCUCUACGACAAGCUGAUCGCACCUGGCUUUGCGGUGCUCGACCUCAACACCCGCUUCUCGGGCAUCCAGCCGGGCCAGCUCGAUCCUGACAAUCUGCUUGCCGUGCCGUUGGCGGAGGCGGGGGCCGAGAUCGUACGCUUUGUCGGGCCCGAGACGAUCCUGGUCGGCCACGGACUUGAGAACGACUUGCGUGCUCUACGCCUCGUGCAUACUCGCAUCGUCGACUCGGCCCUGCUGUUCCCACAUGGCCGUGGCUUGCCCUUCCGGAUGAGCCUGCGCGAACUGGCCAAGCGUCAUCUCGGCCUCACCAUUCAGACAGCCGGCGCCGACGGCCACUCGUCGCUCGAGGAUGCGCGCAUAGCGCUGGACGUCGUUCGCUGGAAGUUCGUCAACGACGCGGCGUCGUCGCCCUUCCGCAGCUCCGUCGCUUCCGGGCCGCUCAAGUCGCCUGUCCUCGGCACAGGCCCUGCUGCAUCCCCUGCUGUGGGCUCUGAAGGCUCCGCUGCGGCCUCGGCAUCUGCGGCGGCACCGUCGGCGUCGGCGGCGUCGGCGCCUCCUGCCAGGCCGCCCGUGCCUGCGCCGCGAGCAUUUACAUCCAGCGUGCCGGCGGCACCCACGCUCUUCGUGCCGCGCCGCAAGCCGGCAGGCCGCUGAAUACCCUCAUCUCCUCAUGGUGAUACCCCUUACCUCACCUCUCUGUCAACUGGGCCAGUCAUGCGGCAGGCGCCUGCGCCAUGCCGCAGCUGCAGUUGAUGCGAUGCGUUGCGUGACGUGGAGUAGAGUACAGGCACAUAGGCUGAAGGCUGUCGAGGUCCUGGAGUAGUGACGGAAGCGCUCCGCAGUGGAAGGAAGUAAGUCGC